AGGUAGAUUUGAUUGCUGCAUACCUACUGCAUAGUUGCUGUGUAGUGUGUAGUUGUCAUAUGAGUUGUCAUAGAUAAGUAUAAUAUGGUCUACAGUAGCUGUGUACUUUGGUUGUGUACUCUUUGAUUGUAGUAUCGGUCCUUGAUCUAAAAGUUAAACAUCGUUUUUAAUUUUAAAAGUUGAGAAAACAAGAUGGAAUUUAAUACUGGGACGAAAGAGUUAUGGUAUUUCAUUAUUGAAAAUUGGAAGUUAUUACUUCUUUUAAAUUUAAUAUUCUAUCUUUAUUUUUAUUACACUCAAACGUUUGAUUAUUUCGAAAAGCGAAAUAUUAAAUUUAUGAAACCAGUUAUUUUCUUUGGAAAUGCGUUAACCAGAAUUAUGGGUAAAAAGCCCUUUAUAUCUUAUCAAUUGGAUGUGUACAAUUAUUUUAAAGGACACCGUUAUGGUGGUUUUUUUGAAGGGCGUAGACCAGUUUUGUACGUCUUAGAUCCUGAUUUAAUAAAAUCUAUCACAAUUAGUGACUCUGAUCAUUUUAUUGACCGAAGUACUAUAAAGACGAGAGAACCAAGAUAUUUAAGCAGAUCACUUUUGGCUUUAAAAAGUUCAGAAUGGAAGGCAGUGAGAAGCUUAAUAACACCCACGUUCAGCUCAGCUCGCCUAAAAAAUAUGUUUCCAUUAGUUCGACAUUGUUCUGAUCAAUUGGUUGAACUUUUGAUGCGUUUUGAUAAUACUGAAAUUGAACUGAAAGAGAUGACUGGUCAUUUUACUUUAGAAGUUACAGGUGUAUGUGCAUUUGGGAUAAGUACUGAUGCACUCAAAGAUGAGAAUGCAGAAUUUUAUAAAAUAGCAGAGAAAUUUAAUUAUAUGUCUGUUCCUAAGAGGAUGUUUUUCUUUUUUAUUUUGAUGUUUAUGCCUUCAAUGUUCAGAUUUAUUAAUAUAUCAUUUAUGAACCAUGAAUCAACUAAAAAGUUGGUGAAAAUAUUACAAAAAACUAAAGCUGAAAGAAUGACCGCUCAAUCUAAGAGAAGUGACUUUUUGCAACUUUUAGUUGAUGUUGCAAUUACUGAGAAAGAGGAACUUGCAAAAACCGGCGAAAAUUCUAAAAGAUAUUUAGAUGAUGACACAUUAGAUGCACAAGCGUUACUAUUUCUUUUAGCCGGCUUUGAGACUACGAGUACAUUGCUAUCAUUCUUUUUCCACACAAUGGCAGUCAAUCCUGAAUUACAAGAGAAAUUAAGAGCUCAUAUUGAAGACAUUACUAAAGGGCAAGAAUUAUCCUACGAUCAUCUCUCACAGCUUGACUUUCUUGAGGCAACAGUAUCAGAGACUUUGAGAAUGUAUCCACCAUUGGGUAGAAUUGACAGAGCAUGUACAAAGCCAUAUACAAUUCCUGGCACUUCAAUACAACUUAAAGUUGGCGAUGUUGUUGCAAUACCCGCUUAUGGUAUUCACAUGGACCCAGAUAUUUAUCCCGAACCAGAGAAAUUUAAGCCUGAAAGAUUUUUGAAGGAAGAGAAGAAAGAGCGACCUUCACAUCUAUUUUUGGCAUUUGGAGCUGGACCAAGAAACUGCAUUGGUAGUCGCUUUGCAAUGAUCGUCGCUAAAACGGCUAUUGUCACUCUGAUGAGGAAUUUCAAAUUCUCUGCUGGGCCAAAGACAGAGAAUCCGGUUAAAUUUCAUAAGACUGCUCUUUUACUGAAACCUGAGUCAGGAAUAUGGGUGCACGUUGAAAAGAUAUAAUUUGAAAUAUCUAUGCAGUAUCUUUUUUAUCGAUAAUAGUACAAAAUAAUAAUAUUUAUACAUAUAGCUUAACGAAAUUAAUUUAUUUUAAAUGCAAAAAAAUAUCUCAAAUACCCUCAAAUAUUUGCAAAGUUUCAUGUGAUAUAGAAUUAUAAAUUACCUAUAUAAAUAUUAUUGCCAUAAAUAAAAUUUUACAUAAUAAAGUUUUAACAACCAAUAAAACUUACCUAUUAUUUUUCCUGAGAUAUCCAGAAUCCAUGUUGA